AUGGCCUUCCAACCAUUCACCCUGCCGAACGGCUCCACCAUCAAAAAUCGAAUCGUCAAGGCGGCGAUGGAAGAAAACAUGGCGGAUGUAAGGAACGGCAACCAGGCAUCGGAGUCGCUACUGCAACUCUAUCGAACAUGGGGCGCGGGAGGCGCGGGUGUCAUCCUCAGUGGGCACGUCAUGAUCGAUCCAAGAGCCCUGGCCUGCCCAGGAGAUGUUCUGCUAGCUGAUGAUGCUCCUACAUGCGACGAGCAACUGUGGAAAUCAUGGGCAGCUUCAGCGCAGAGUCAUGGCGCGCAGUUCUGGCUUCAGCUGAACCAUCCUGGACGUCAAGUGAAGGCUGGAAGUGGCUUACCUGUCUAUGCGCCGUCCCCGAUUCCGGUCGAUAUUGGGAAGUUCAGCAAUGCUUUCGUCAAACCUGUCGAGAUGGAUGAACAACAGAUUCAUCGUGUGAUUGAGCGCUUCGCCUGGGCCGCCCGGAAGGCGGAGCAGCUGGGGUUUGCUGGAGUCGAGAUCCAUGCGGCACACGGGUAUUUGAUCUCGUCGUUCCUUUCACCGAGGAGCAACGGUCGAACUGAUAGGUGGGGAGGCUCGAGAGAGAAUCGUGCGCGACUGCUUCUGGAAGUUGUACAGGCCGUCAAGGACAGCACAUCACCUCGAUUCGGCGUCGCUGUCAAGAUCAACACGUCGGACUUUCAGCGCGGUGGCUUUGGGCCCGAGGACUUGGAGUGGGUCGUUCGGCAACUCAACGAAAUGAAGCUGGACUUCCUGGAGCUCUCAGGUGGCAGGGUUUAG